AUGGAAAUAGUUUUUUUAAUAUGGACUUUGAUUUCAUACGGUAUCGCAGCCGCUAUAACCUGCCUGUUAUUAGUAUCCAUUACACUCUAUGUGAUAACAAAACCAUAUCCUAUAGUGGAGCAAUUUGAAGAGGAGACUACAUACAGUGAUCCUAAAGCUAAGAAAAAACUCAAGUUCCCUAGUAUCAAUGAAACAGAAUGCCUGAAUUUGAGUGUCAUUGUACCCGCCUACAAUGAAGAAGAAAGAUUGCCACCAAUGCUGGAUGAGGCUUUAGAAUUUUUGGAAACCCGUGUGAAAGGUCACCCUUCAUUCCAAUAUGAGAUAAUAGUUGUAAGCGAUGGUAGUAAAGAUAAUACGGUAAAGGUAGCAGAAGCUUACACUGAAAAGUAUGGCAGUGAAAAAUUGAGAUGCCUUAAACUGAUUAAAAAUAGAGGAAAAGGUGGUGCUGUGAGAUUGGGUGUCCAAAGUUGCAGAGGUGCCACCAUAUUAUUUGCGGAUGCAGAUGGUGCAUCGAAAUUUGAAGAUUUAACAAAACUAGAAGGUGCAAUAAAAGAUAUUAUUAAUUGUGACUAUAUGGUAGAGCCCCGUGAUGCAAGCAACAAUAUAGCAAUUGCCAUUGGUUCAAGGGCUCAUUUAGAAAAGGAGUCUUUAGCUACACGAAGUGUAUUCAGAAAUAUUCUGAUGUAUGGUUUUCAUUUCCUGGUGUGGUUGUUUACCGUCAAAGGUAUAAAGGACACACAAUGUGGUUUUAAAUUGUUUACACGUGAGGCUGCUCGUACUUGUUUCCAGAGUCUUCACGUAACCAGAUGGGCAUUUGAUGUAGAAUUAUUGUACAUAGCAAAAGUAUUGAACAUUCCAAUUGCUGAGAUUCCAGUUAGAUGGACAGAGAUUGAGGGCUCGAAGAUAACUCCUGUGUUCUCGUGGUUGCAAAUGGGUUGUGAUUUGGGCCUAAUAUGGCUUAAGUAUACCAUUGGAGCUUGGAAAAUUAAGAGCCAGAAAACAAAUUAA